AUGAUCGUUUUUAAUUGCUUGCUUUGGCUGGCAGCUUACUUGAUAGUCCUCCUAAGCGUCUCGCUCGCUUUUAUAAGAGAGCCCCACCCGGUUGUAGCAAAAUCGAGUUGGUUAGAAAGGGCGCAGGGUGGGAGCUGCCAUGUGGUAGGCUGUCAUGGUAGGAGAAGGAAGUCGCUUCAGCUGCGCCCGUCCAAUGGUGAUGAGGACAGAUGUGUGAGGAGGUACCAAAUCUUUUGCCACCCCCACCCGGGUGGUGGAAGCAGCUGGGGGGGUAGCAGAAGUGGGGGUAGCAGAAGUGGGGGUAGCUCCGAAUUCGUUCGAAAGUUUAACAAAAGGAACUGCUUCUUGAAGCCAGCCAUUUUUGCAAAAAGUGAGCAGCAUAAACUGUGGGCAGAUGUGGGGGAGAGCUCAAAUGGAGGAGCCACAGACGGGGAGAAGCGGCCCCGUGAGGAAGCAAACCAUGUAGAGGAGGGGGAGGAGGACCAAUUCGACCUGAUCAGCGACCACAUCCUAGUCAGAAAAAAUAGAAAGACCAUAAAAGACCUCAUGGAAGCGGGCAUCUGGGGAGCCCCAAAAGAGAACCUCAAAAUGAUUAGGGAAAGGACAAACAAAAAGGUUAAUUGGAAUUACAUCCUGAAGAAGAAUAACAAACUGCUAAGUGAUAACGUUGACAGGAUAUAUAGCGAAAUUUAUAAUAAAGAAAAUGUGAAUGAUAUAUUUUUCGCGUUUGAUACGAACCCGUAUAGCUACUUAAACGUCACCAUGAGUGUCUUUUCGCUGCAUAAAAUUACCACGUGCUAUCUGAAUGAGAGGAGACAGAGAGUGGGUUCUUCUCUUGGGGGGAAGAAGACCGACGUGCUGUCCCCAAGUGAGGCAAGUAAAGACCCACUGGGGGAAAACCACCCGAGUGAUCACUUCCUCACCAUGGGCGGAGGCGGAGAGGACAACUACGGAGAGGUGGACGAUUGCAACAUCCUCAAGAUGAAGGAGGAAAGGAGGAGACUAAACCAAAUCACGCGCAACAGGAACUUUAUGAGGAUUGUAGGCAGCAUAAAUAAACAUCUUAAAAUUAUUUAUAAAGUAUUUUCUACGAAUGAAAAGCUAACCUCAUAUGAAAAGAACAGAGACAUGUAUAAAUUCAUUCCCUAUAUAAAUGUCAAGGACAUCAUCACCAUUUUGAGGUGCUUUUGCAUUUUGAAAUUCGACCACACCAACAUUUUUAAGUACAUAUAUUUUUUCCUGGUCUUUUUUAUGGACCAGUUUGAUAUGUUCCUGCUGUGCGAGGCCGUUUACCUUUGCUUGGUGAAGCGGAUCUACGUGCGCCCGCUCUUCCUCAACUUUUCGAAGCGCCUCCUGGGGUACCUGCGGGGGGGGCGCGAUGAGGGAAGCCGUAUUGGAAGCGGUACGGAAUGCAGCACGGGAAGUAAUACGGGGAGCGAUGAGGGAAGCAGUACUGGAAGUAAUACGGAGCGCGCUGACGCGAAGGGUGACUCGAAGGAUGACUCGAAGGAUGGCGCUACCGCUAUCGCUACCACCACCGCUACCUCCACCACUAGCGCGGCUCCCCAGGCCCCGCCGUACGAGGAAGCAAACUUGGAGGCCUUCCGGCGCGACAUGGAGAGGGCGGUGCAGAGGGACGACCCCGAGCCAGACCACUUCGCCUCCUCCCCCUUUCACAUGAAGGAGUUGGGCUACUCCAUCUACCACCACGCGAACUACUCCUCCUUGAAUAGCUCACAAGAUGAGUUGGCGAAGGAGAAGGCGCGAAAAGGUGACGAUGCGAACAAAUUUGACGCCCAAGAUUUGAGACACGCAAAAGAGGAGUUCAUCCAUUCGAGCAAAGUACAGAGCAGGUCGAACGAACCCUCAGAAGGGACAUCCCCCCCAGUGGGUAGUCAUCCCAUCUGCUUCCAUGUGUACUGUCUAUACACCCUGAGCAAGUUCCCCUACACAAAUGUGCAAAUAUUAAGUAUCCUCACCUCGCAACUUAUGGCAAAAGCACCAGAGCUAAGCAUAGAGGAGCUCAUUCUAUCCUUUUACAGUCUUGCCGAGUUAGAGGUGGAUUCUCCCAAACUUUUGAAUGUCCUUUUUUUGCUAAUUUUUAAGUGCCUUCAUCGUUUGGAUUACAGAAAUAAUGGCCUGGUUACCAAGCUGAUAAGAGCGCUGUACUUGGUUGAUGGGGAGAUUUGCUCUUCUCCCGGUGAGGAGAACCGCCUUGAAGAGGUGAAAGCGCUCAUGGUGCACUACCUAGCCAAAAUGGUGCUUCGUAACCGAAAUAACUACACGCCGAUCGAACUGGUAGACAUCAUUCGGUACAUGUCAGCCCUGGUGCACAUCGAUAGGGAGCUCUUCAAUUUCGUUUAUGAGAUGCCGUUUUUCCAAAAUUUGAACCAAGAUACGCUGGACUAUUACAAGAAUAGCGUCUACUUUAAUCAGUCAUAUUAUGCCUACACGAAGGACAGCAGCGUUAACACCCCCGUCGAGAUUAUGGUGUGCAAGCUGUACCAGUCCUAUUUGGCCUUCCGCGCGUGGGGCGCUUCCCAAAUGGGUGGUUCGUCACACACGAGUGGUUCAUCACAAAUGGGUGGUUCUCCACAAAUGGGCGUUUCACACACGAGUGGCUCAUCACAAACGGGCGGCUGCCCCACCCUGCAGGCCAUCCGCACGCGCAACGACAAGGUGAAGCCCUUCCAGUACGGACCACAGCUGCUGCAGCUGUUUAAGCAGACCUACACAAACAACAUGCGCAUCUCCUCCUACAGCUCCUCCUCGCUGCACUACGAAAUGGCAGACAUAAUAAAAAAAGAUUUGAAGAUCCCCUGCCAUGUAGAAUACGUAACUGAUAAGGGGCUGCUCAUUGACAUUGUGAUACUUCGGGAGGACUUGCUAAAAUUCGCUGCCUCCUUUUCUGGGCUUCGCAACAUCGCCAUAGAGGUGAAUGGCCCCUUCCACUACAAGACCAAGUCGUACGGCGGGGGAGUUCCACCCCUCAACACGAAGACGGUUUUCAAGCGGAGGUGA